AAUUCCCUACCAUGGGGGAUAUGCAGGCCGUCUCUGGGCAGCGCAAUGCCGAUAUUUCCAACUCGCUGUAUGCUUUGCACGCCAGACAACUUUUCGAUGUCAUCGAUCAGAUCCGCGAUAGCGGAGGUGAACACCAUUUGGAUCUUCCACGGAUUGUGGUCAUUGGCAAUCAAUCUGCUGGGAAAUCCUCCUUGAUUGAAGCCAUUGCUGGGAUCAAGGUCCCUCGAGGUUCUGGAACAUGCACCCGCUGUCCAAUGGAAGUCCGCUUGCAUCGAAAGAAUGAGCCGUGGAGGUGUUCUAUCCGUCUACGGUAUGAAUACGACGAAUACGGCGAGAAGCGCGACGAUCCUUUGAACAUCAAUUUCGGAAACGACAUUGUCGACCCAGCCAAGGUCGAUAUCAUGCUGCGUCGCGCACAGCUAGCCAUCCUCAACGAUGAAGACAACCCUGGGAAGUUCGUCGACAUUGAUCCAAACAAUAUGGCGGUCUCCGACUCGCAAAGGCAGUUCUCCAGGAAUGUCGUGUGUAUCGAAGUUUUCGGUCCAGAUCUUACGGACCUUACGUUUGUUGACCUUCCCGGGAUCAUCCAACAUCAUCCUACAGAUCCGGGUCUGGUCAAUGUGAUCAAGGGUAUGGUCAAGGCGUAUAUCGCUGGUUCUUCAGCGCUGAUUCUGUGCACCAUCACGAUGAAGGAUGAUCCUGAGAACCAGGCAGCGUUGAGCGAAGCCAAGACGGCAGAUCCUCACGGGGCGCGAACCAUAGGUGUCCUGACGAAACCAGACACCCUGCAACCUCAGGAGGAGGGGCUGUGGAUAACUGUGCUCAAAAACGAAGGAUCGCAUCGCCUGAACUUGGGAUACUACAUCACCAAGCAACCAGCUCAAGCGGAAGUCGAGCAGGGCAUUUCGUUUGACAUGGCGCGACAGAACGAAGUAUCCUUUUUCGAGACCACGGAGGCCUGGCGUGCAUUGCCGAGUAGCAUUCGACAGACAAAUGUGAGCACUCCACGACUGACAGCAGCGUUGAGCACCUUGCUAUCAAGCCAUAUACGGAAGUCUCUUCGUGACAUCACCGAGAAGGUCCACCGACUGCUGAGCGAGACUCAACGAGACCUGAGAUCCCUCGGAACUGGCCCGUCCAAUAAUCCAGUUGCAGAUAUAAUUGCCCUCUGCGAUCGCUUUACUGGUAUACUAAGGGCGUACAUCGUGGGAACCGAGGACUCUGAGUUGCUGAUUCAGGAUAAUAAGAGGGCGUUCAGCCGCUUCAAAACUUCCAUUCGCGGCACUGCACCGGUCUUCAUCCCCUAUACGACAGUCGAACGUAAGUGGAACGAAUACACCGAACCGACCCAUAUUCUCGAGGACGUUGCAACCGAGGACAAUGGUCAUACUUACGAUCUCGAUAUGGUUCGAAAACAUAUCAAUAAUGCGAAGACUCGUGAACUGCCUUUCAACGUCCCAUAUGCUGCGAAAGUGCAGAUGAUGCUUCUGCCUAUCAAACGAUGGCAGACUCUCAUCGACGUCUGCUUUGAAGCGAUAGUCCCGAACGUCAGAUCACUCAUAGAGAAAACAAUCAAGCAAGUGUUCGGCGAGUACGCGGAAACCGGACUUCUGGGUCGGGUUAAGGAUAUUGUCUCCAAUCAAUUGAUCGAGCGGGAGAACGCAACGCAAAUUGCGCUCAAGCUUCUGUUUGACAUGGAAGUCCCAGGUCCUUAUACACAAAACCAUCACUACUUUUCAGCUACCCGGGAGAAGCUGGUAACCCACUAUAGGCAGAAACGAAAGGAACGAGAAUCAGCACCCACUCGCCCGACGUCGGCCUGGGGCCUCGCUCCAAGUGAAUAUGCAUCUGGGCCAACUACCUCUCGCUCUACUAUUAUCAAUCAGGUCAUCAGCGGCCUCGCAACGCUCGGUUUUCAAGGUGUGACGGAAAGCGACUUUGGGAAGCUCGUCAUCGAGGAUGAAUGGGAGGAAGAAAUCACCGUCAUGGCGGAAACGCGUGCCUAUCUGCAGGUUGCCUACAAGCGUAUCAUUGAUUCCGUACCGCAGGCGAUCGACUUGGUCUUCAUUCGCCCACUCGCAGACACGCUACACACCGCGCUCAUCGCUGGGCUGCAAUUCGAUUCCCCCAGUGCACACGAACUCUGCCGCGCCUACCUAGCUGAAAAUCCAGCUAAAGCAGCGGAGCGGGUUCGACUCCUUGCGGACAAGGAGAGACUGGAACGGGUAAAGGAAACCCUAAUGCGUAUUGGGUUGGGUCAUUGAGCUCUAUAAGUGUAAGGGAGGGGAGCCGUGGGAAUGGGAAUUGAGCUAGGAAAUCCUUGCCCGAGAGCAUGUGAGCUGCCGGGGCACCAAAAGCUACUUCUGGUGUAUGGCAGCUUGUUCUAUUUGACUUGGAAUGUCAAAAAAUAGAAGUAGAG